GGCUCCCCCAGGAUUUGGCGUCUAAGUGUCAGCCUUUCUCAGCUCUCAAAUACACUCCCCCAGUUUCCGUGCUGUAGUUGUUGCGGCGUUAAUUCCAUCCAAAUUGCUAGUGUUCCAUUGACUGGUUUCCCUCUACCAGCAAUAUGCCCUACAAGUGUGUCUCUUCAGAAGACUUUUUUUCCAGAGCGUUCCGUGUGA